UGGGAAGGAAGCAGGAUGGCAGCAGGGGCAGCAGCAGGAGCCUGGGUGCUGGUCCUCAGUCUGUGGGGGGCAGUAGUAGGCGAUCGAAACAUCACGGCCCGGAUUGGGAAGCCACUGGUGCUGAACUGUAGGGGAGCCCCCAAGAAACCACCCCAACAGCUAGAAUGGAAACUGAACACAGGUCGCACAGAAGCUUGGAAGGUCCUGUCUCCCGAGGGAGACUCCUGGGAUAGCGUGGCUCGAGUGCUCCCCAAUGGUUCCCUCCUCCUGCCAGCAGUAGGGAUCCAGGAUGAGGGGACUUUCCGGUGUCAGGCAACAAGCAGGAAUGGAAAAGAGAUGAGGUCCGCCUACCAAGUCCGAGUCUACCAGAUUCCUGGGAAGCCAGAAAUUGUCUCUCCUGCCUCUGAACUCAUGCCUGGUGUCCCCAAUAAGGUGGGGACAUGUGUGUCCGAGGGGGGCUAUCCUGCAGGGACUCUUAAUUGGCAUUCAGACGGGAAACUCCUCAUACCUGAUGGCAAAGGAGUGUCUGUGCUGGAAGAGACCACGAGACACCCUCAGACAGGGCUUUUCACACUCCAGUCGGCGCUGAUGGUGACCCCAGCCUGGGGAGGAGCUCCCCACCUCACCUUCUCCUGUAGCUUCAGCCCUGGACUUCCCCGGCGUCGAGCCCUACACACAGCCUCCAUCCAGCUCAGAGUCUGGGAGCCUGUGCCUCCAGAGGUCCGAGUGAUGAUACAGCCAGAAGGUGGAAAACUAGUUCGUGGUGGUACUGUGACCCUGACCUGUGAAACCCCUGCCCAGUCCUCCCUUCAGAUCCACUGGAUCAAGGAUGGCAUACCCCUGCACUUUGCCCCCAGCCCUGUGCUGCUUCUCAGUGAUGUGGAGUUUGACGAUGAGGGAAGCUACAGCUGUGUGGCCACCUAUCCCAGCCAUGGGCCCCAGGAAAGCCCGGCUGUCCGUGUCGUCAUCGAAGCAGAGGAGGAGCCCAUCGCAGGCUCUGUGGAAGGGCAGGGACUGGGAACUGUAGCCCUGGCCCUGGGGAUCCUGGGAGGCCUGGGGGUCGCUGCCCUGCUCAUUGGGGCCAUCAUGUGGCGAAGACAGCGACGCCGAAGAGAGGAAAGAAUUCUCCCCAAUCCCCCUCCCCAGGAAGGCCCCAGAAAACCAGGAGGAGGAGGAGGAGCGCGCAGAGCUGAAUCAGUCAGAGGAGCCAGAGGCAGCUGAGAGCGGUGCAGCCGGGCCCUGAGGGGUGACAGCUAGACCCCAUCUGUCAGCCCCCUUUUCUCCCCCCGCCCCCAGCUGCUCUGUCCUGGCCUCAGAGCACUUUCCCCCUAUAUAACCUGUACCCCACCUCACCAAACUUGCUUCCACAACCAGAGCCUCCCAUAGUGAUAAGUAAACACCUCGCCUAUUUGCUCUCGUGCA